CCUCUGGACUCUGGAGCAAGACUUCUACUACUUUCAUCUCUGUGCACACAUCAAUCUCAGAAUCGCUCGCAGAUACGAUCUCCAUUGUUUUACUUUUUCGUUAUAAUUAGAAGAAGAGAAGCGGAGAUUCAAGGCGAGUUGCGAGGAUGAGCAGAGGAAGCGGAGGAGGAUACGAUCGUCACAUCACCAUCUUUUCGCCCGAGGGUCGCCUCUUUCAAGUCGAAUAUGCUUUUAAGGCUGUCAAGGCGUCUGGGAUCACCUCUAUUGGUGUACGAGGAAAGGACUCUGUAUGCGUUGUGACGCAAAGGAAGGUCCCAGACAAGCUUUUGGAUCAGACAAGUGUCACACAUCUUUUCCCCAUUACAAAGUUCCUUGGGUUACUAGCCACUGGCCUCACAGCUGACGCAAGGACCUUGGUUCAACAGGCAAGGAAUGAAGCAGCUGAGUUUCGAUUCAAAUAUGGAUAUGAGAUGCCUGUGGAUGUAUUGGCUAGAUGGAUUGCUGACAAGUCACAAGUCUAUACUCAACAUGCUUAUAUGAGACCUCUUGGAGUUGUUGCCAUGGUAUUGGGUAUUGAUGAUGAAGAAGGGGCUCGGCUUUAUAAGUGUGAUCCAGCUGGCCAUUUCUUUGGCCACAAGGCGACUAGUGCUGGUGUGAAAGAGCAAGAAGCAAUUAACUUCUUAGAGAAGAAGAUGAAGAAUGAUCCGGCAUUUUCUUAUGAGGAGACAGUGCAGACAGCAAUUUCUGCCUUACAGUCAGUUCUUCAAGAAGAUUUUAAGGCCACUGAGAUUGAGGUUGGAGUUGUAAGGAAAGAGAACCCAGUGUUCAGAGUGUUGUCAACUGAUGAAAUCGAUGAGCACUUGACUGCCAUAAGCGAGCGAGACUGAAGACCAACAAGGCAUAGGAGAAGUAAGGAAGAAUCUGUGUGUGUCUCAACGUUCCUAAUAUCAGCCUGCGGGUUUGAUUGUGGUUUUCAUUUUAGACCGACUGUUUUAUGAGAUUUAUCAGAGUAUUUUGCAAUUUGUAAUUUGGGUUAUCAGCCUUCAACUGUAUGUUUAACUUAAACCUUGUUUUUAGAUUGUGAUCAAAAUGGACUGGACUGAUAAGUUCACUCUUUCUACUGCA